GUCCCUCCGCUCUGGUGUGCUUCUGCAGUGAGGAGAACACCCCACUGGACUUGGACGAUCAUGGUGGUAGAACCUUCCUCCGCGUCUUGCUCCACCUGACAAUGCACGAUUAUCCGCCCCUGGUGUCCGGGGCCCUGCAGCUCCUCUUUCGGCACUUCAGUCAGAGGCAGGAGGUCCUCUAAGCCUUCAAACAGGUUCAACUGCUGGUUAUGAGCCAAGAUGUGGAUAACUACAAACAGAUCAAACAAGACUUAGAUCAACUGCGGUCCAUUGUGGAAAAGUCUGAGCUCUGGGUCUAUAAAGGCCAGGGCCCGGAUGAGAUCACAGAUGGUGCAUCUGGUGAAAAUGAGCAUAAGAAAACUGAGGAGGGGAAUAACAAGUCACAAAAGCAUGAAAGUACCAGCAGCUAUAACUACAGAGUGGUAAAAGAGAUUUUGAUUCGACUUAGCAAACUAUGUGUUCAAGAGAGUGCUUCUGUGAGGAAGAGCCGGAAGCAGCAGCAGCGACUGCUACGGAACAUGGGUGCACAUGCUGUGGUGCUAGAGCUGCUGCAGAUUCCCUAUGAGAAAGUGAGUUUCCCCUGCCCAAGAACACUGCUCCCAAAGGUCAGCCAGGUCCCUCGGUUUCCCCAAAGCCCUCGCACUUUGAUAUUAUUGGUGAAGGUGUGUAACCGAUGUGAUUAUUGUGACUAA